ACUAACAUAUAUUCAGCUAUCCUGGUCUGCCAUCCGCCGAUACAAAUGUAUGCGGGGAGAGCCAGCGGUCGGUCCGGAUGACCAUGGUCCACAAGUUGAGUACUGCUGCACUAUGCCAUUGGCAAUAUACUAGGCGGGCAAUGUCUGCCUUCAGUCUUCCGAAUGCUAUUAUCCUUCUCCACUGCCAGCUGUGACUUAACAAAGCAAGCUCACAUCGCAUUAGAAUGAAAGAACAACACAACUCUAAAAAAGAAUAAAAAAACACCAACAGAUCAAAACUAAUAUAAAUAAAAGAAAAUGGAUAUCAAUUUUUUUAAAUGAUAUAAAAAAGCGUAGAGACAGCACCGGCACAGCUGCGGCAACACCCUAUUUGUUCUAUGAGCUCUCACGCGACCAAAUGCUGGGAAAGCAGAGAGUGAUGAGGUGCGGCGUGCGAUCAUCGGCGUGGGACGCCAGACCAGUGCAGACAGGUUUCUCAUACAGAACAAAGCAGCUCUAUUGAUACCCAUACCGUAUCUAGUGUGGUGGUCCCCAAAGUUAGAGUAACUACGCUCAGUGUGCACCUCCUCGAGAAUUGCCUGGCUAUAAAAGCAUGGACACAGGACAACUGUACUAUACUUGGAAAGGUACUUCUUCAUGUAGACUCGAGGGACACACAAUUUGACAGGAUGAGUGGGUCAUCUAAGGAGGCACUGAAACUGCGUUUACUAAAACUCAAAUGUCACUUCACGUGGAAACUUCUUUUGAAGGUCAUAGACCCUGAUGAAAUAGAAGAAAGACUGUAUGAACAGCUGACUUUUCUUGUCACCAAGAACAAAUACAUGGUGUACAAUCUACUGGCCUAUGUGAUGCAUCUGAAAGGUGACUACACAAAAGCGAUUGAAAAUUUAGAGAAAGCUGAAGAAAUGAUUAAAGAGAACAAUCUGGAUGGAACUGAUCACAGAUAUUUAGUGACAUAUGGAAAUUAUGCUUGGGUGUUCUACUACUUAAACCAGUAUGAAGUGUCUCAAAAAUAUAUAGAAAAAGUAAAGAAGAUUUCUAAGGAACUAAAAGAUAAACCAGACAUACCUGAAAUCUUUGGUGAAAAAGCCUGGUCACUGCUAACAUUUGGCAGACAGUAUUAUGAAGAAGCAAAACAAUGUUUUGAGAAGGCUUUGGAGCUUGAGCCAGAAGAUCCUGAGUGGAACAGUGGAUAUGCAACCGUGGUCUAUAGACUGGAAGGCUUCAAUGGCAGAAAAUGUCCAGAUUCAGAAUGUAAAAUACUAGAGCUAUUAAAAUGUGCAGUCGAGAAGAAUCCAAAUGAUGCUGUGGUGAAGGCACUACUUGCUUUAAAGCUGCAAGAUCUCAAAAGAAAUGAUGAAGGGAAAACAUAUAUCAAAGAAGCCAUAGAACAAGCCCCAAACCUUCCAUAUGUGCUCCGUUAUGUAGCAAAGUUUUACAGGAGAGCUGGGAUGCUGGAUGAGGCCUUGCGAGUCCUAAAAACGUCAAUAGAGUUCAUCCCAACUUCAGAAUUUCUCCAUCAUCAAAUUGGACUAUGUUAUAGGAUAAAGUAUUUCAAUUACAAAAAGGAGUCUGGAAACAGCAACAUUAAUAACAGAGAAAUGGACAGAGAAUCAAAUGUCCUCAUCCAAAAUGCCAUCUUUCAUUUUAAAAAGGCACUGGAGUACAAGAAAACAUUUGUGCAUGCAUAUAUAGACUUAGCAAUUUCAUAUUGUAAAAUAAAGGAAUAUCGGAAAGCAGAGGAUUCAUUGCAAGCAGUUUUGGCAUUUACUAAUCUUUCAGACGAGGACAAGCAGCAAAUCUAUUUCAGUUAUGGACAUUUGAAAGAACGCUACAUGAGGUCUGAAUCUGACGCCAUCCACUACUAUAAACAGUGUCUGCAGAUUAAUUUAUUCCAGAAAGAAAGAGAAGGAAGUGAAAAGGCUCUAAAAAGAAUUUCUUUAAUGAAGAUUAAGAGGAAUAGUCAUGAUGCUGAGGGUUUUGCUUUGCUUGGCUUUGUCCACAAAACUAAUGGGGAAAGAGAGGAUGCAAUUGAUUGUUAUGAAAAAGCCUUAAAAUGUGAUCCAUACAAUGAGGAAUAUGUGAGUGAACUUUGUGAGCUGAAGUCCAUGAUAUGAAAAAGAAUGUUAAGCAAAGGGGCCAUUUUGUGUAUUAAAGGCUUAUGAUUUUUACCUUUAUAAACCAGUAGAACUUCUAGAUACGAAGCAGGAAGAGGUGGGGGACUCUGCUCCAGUUAUUCACUCUGUAUUUUAGUGAAGCAGCGUGAAUGGGAGAGAGAAUGGGGAACAGAAGAUGAUCAUUCAGGGCUCACAAGAUAAUUAAUUGCAACUCAACAUUUCUAACAUAUCUUUUACUUAAUAUACAUAACUACCUACAGAGUGAUUUUUAUUUUAGAUACAAGUCCUCUUUAGCUAUGAUUUUGAUCUUGUACAAUAAACUGUAGCUACAUUUACAAAACUACAAAAUAAUAGUAAACAUAUAAAAAAAAAGCAUGUACCGUAUAUACUCGAGUAUAAGCAGAGUUUUUAAGGAUGAUUUCAGUGAACUCUCUGCCUGUCAAUCCCUUCAUCAGUGGUCUUCAA